AUGACAGCUAAGAACCUUCCUUCCGACAUUACUCCGGCCGAGGCGUUGGGCAUACUUUGCUUGCACGUUAGCGCAAUAAUACUUAAGAGUGAAGGAGACACCUCUCCACAGCUUCCUACUGAGAAUUGCGGACGGGAUCAUUUUACAGUUCACCGCGACGAGACGCUGAUGAAAAAGUUUUCUACUAAACGGAUACCUGCCAUUUCUCUUGAGCACUAUCUUCUCAGGUUACAUGAAUACUGUCCCAUGUCAACCGCUGUAUACCUGGCUACAAGCUGGUAUAUUACUCGGAUGGCUAUCAUUGAAAGAAUUAUACUGGUGACCCCGAAUAAUGCGCAUCGACUCGUUCUUGGUGGUCUACGGGUUGCAGCAAAGGCUCUUGAAGAUCUUCAGCAUUCUCACAACCGAUUUUCUAAGGUUGGAGGUGUAACGGAAACGGAGCUAACGCGACUUGAAAUCAACUUCUGUUAUUUGAUGGAUUUUGAUCUUAAAAUCAACGAUGAGCUCCUAUCCGGAGAGAUUUCGUUAUUCCAAGAACGCUGUAACAUUGCUUUUCCAAAACAUUGUGCCAUAGUAGAUUAA